AUGGGUUAUAGAUCAUGGAGACGAAGUAUUCUAAGAGUUCUGUCAGUUAAAAACAAACUGGGUUUUAUCAAUGGUGAUUGUAAGAGGCCUGAUACAGGAAUACCACAGUUUCGUCAAUGGGAAAGGUGUGACGACAUGGUUACUUCCUGGAUUCUUAACUCUUUAACUAAGGAGAUAGCAGAAAGUGUAGAAUAUGUUUUUGAUUCAUAUGAAUUUUGGAAAGACUUGGAGGAUCGAUAUGAUCAAACUAACGGUGCAAAGCUGUAUCAAAUUCAACGUGAAAUCAAUGAGCUAUCACAGGGAACUUUGGAUAUUACUGCUUAUUACACUAAAAUGAAGAAAUUGUGGGAAGAGUUGAGUACAUUACACAUUAAAGUUCAAUACAAUUGUAAUUGCAUUUGUGGAGCCAAGGAUAAUAUGUACAAAGUGGAGCAGGAUAGAAGAUUAAUACAAUUCCUUAUGGGGUUGAAUGAAGUCUAUACUGUAGUACGAGGAAAUAUCCUUAUGAUGAAUCUAUUACCUUCCCUAGCACAAACCUUUUCUCUGUUAAUUCAGGAUGAGAAGCAUAGAGAUAUUAAACCUAGUGCUCAAAUGUUCAUAAAAUCCACAUCCUUGAAUGCAAGUAGUUCAGGAAAAAAGGUUAUGGAAUCUGCUGUUUUCAAUGCAAACAGCUCAGGAGGAGCAAGUUCUUCUAGAUCACUAAGGCUAAGUAACAACUCUACAGGGAAAAACAAUGCUAAUUUCAAAACCAAUUACUCUCAGACCAGUUUCUAUGGUAAUAGCAAACCUCGUGUGAUAUGUGACUAUUGCAGAAGACCUGGACACAUCAGAGAUAAAUGCUACAAACUACAUGGCUACUCACAGACAAAUAACAAUCCACAGAAGAACAAUUAUCAAAAUGAGUACAGGGAUAAUAAUCAGAAUUCUAGAUUCAACAGAGGAAAGGGGCUUAUGGCUGAUGUUCAUGGUUGUUCAGGAGAGGCAAAUGAUAGAGAAGCUCGUGCAGAAACAGCUCAUCAACUAACUAAAGAACAAUAUGUUCAAUUUGUGGAGUUGUUGCAACAGUUUCAAGCUGAGAAAACCAAUGCUAAACACAUGGACAAUGGUGGUAUGAAUUUUGCAGGCCCCUUCAAUGAAGAGGCCUCUGGUAAUUGGUGA